AUGGAUUCUGAUCCUACACCAGGAGGCCCCUUUAAGCAGAUCAAGCUACACAACUGUUGCACUAUGCAGAGAGCCAAGCCCAGUCCCAUGAAGGCUGGAAGUGAUGGGGAAAGUAUCGGAAAUUGUCCCUUUUGCCAAUGCCUUUUUAUGAUACUCUGGCUUAAAGGAGUUAAAUUUAAUGCGACUAUUAUUGACAUGACCGGAAAAUCUGAAGAACUGAAGAACUUAGCCCCAGGUACCAAUCCUCCAUUCUUGGUAUAUAAUAAGGAGUUGAAAACAGACUUCAUUAAAAUUGAGGAAUUUCUAGAGCAGACACUGGCUCCUCCAAGAUAUCCUCACCUGAGUCCUAAGUACAAGGAAUCUUUUGAUAUGGGCUAUAAUCUCUUUGCCAAGUUUUCUGCAUAUAUUAAGAAUAUACAAAAGAAAGCAAAUAAAAAUUUUGAAAAAUCUCUGCUAAGAGAAUUUAAACAUCUGAAUGACAACUUAAAUAUUCCAAUUUUGGACAAAAUUGAUCAAGACAGUUUCUUGAAAACUUCUUGAACACACUUGAACACACAGUUUCUAGAAAACUUCUUAGAUGGAGAUCAACUAACACUGGCUGACUGCAGUUUGUUAUCCAAACUGAAUAUUAUUAAAGUUACUGCCAAGAAGUACUGUGACUUUGACAUUCCGGCAGAAUUCUCAGGAGUCUGGUGCUAUCUCCACAAUGCCUAUGCCCAUGAAGAAUUUGCCUACAUAUGUCCUGAAGACAAAGAAAUUGAAAAUAUGUAUGCAAGUGUGGCUAAACAGUAGAGACAAGACAACUCUUUCAGGAGAAAAAG